AUUCACUUCAUGAACAACUGUUUACUACGGCCGUGGAACGCAGAACCAGGAGCAGAACCAGGACCAGGAGCAGAACCAGGAGCAGAACCAGGACCAGGAGCAGGAGCAGGAGCAGAACCAGGAGCAGGACCAGGACCAGGAGCUUCACUGAUGACUGUCUGCUCUCCUCUCUCUCCAUUUGUUUGUUUGUUUGCUCUGGUCUGUCAGUUGUUGUCUCGCUGCUCUCACCUGCUGCUCCACACCUGGACACCGAUGAUGUCACGGCAGAGCAGCUCUCUGAUUGGAGGAUCCUGCAGGAGGUUCUGUCACUCUGUGCUGCAGCCUGACAGGUUAACAGUGUCCUGGAGAACCAGCUGCUGAUGAAGAUGAAGCUGCUCCUCUUCCUCUGCUGUGUCCUCAGAGUCUCUGCUGAUGCUCAGCAUUUGGACCUUCUGAUCACUGGCUGUUCAGACUCUGAUAGAGAGUUCAUGUUCACACUGGACGGUGAAGAGAUGUGGCACGCAGACUUUGAUAAAGGAGAAGGAGUCGAUGUUCAACCCAGCUUCAUUGAUCAUGUGACUUUCCCUGGAGGUUACGAAUUCGCUGUGGGCGAUCAACACGUCUGCAGAACAAACCUGGAAGUUCUUCAUGAAGUCAUGAAAGACAUUCCUCUCGAACAAGACCCCCCCUCCACCUUCAUCAUCUACCCCCGAGACGACGUGGACCUGGACCAGAAGAACACUCUGCUGUGCCACGUGUCUGGGUUCUACCCGGCCCCGGUCUCCGUCUCCUGGACCAAGAACGGACGGAACGUGAGUGAAGGGACGGCCAUCAACCAGCCGUCCCCCAACGAGGACGGAACCUUCAGACAGACGGCCCGGCUGGACUUCGUCCCCAAAGACGGAGACUUCUACAGCUGCUCUGUGCACCACCCGGCCCUGAAGACCCCCAUGACCCGGAUCUGGG